UUCCCUUGUCAUCCUAAAAGACAAGAGUUCAAAAAGAAACUAGGAAAUCUCAUCAUUCUUGAAUAUGCCUAAUGCAUCCACACCCAGCACAGCAUAGCAUACCGGACCAUUUCCCUACCUACUUCACAAACAUGAUGUUUCAAGCUCAAUUGUCGUCAAGCUCGUCUAUAGAACCUGCGAUCUGGGCACCGCUUACCAAUAAAUAAACCGCAUCAUGUACGCCCCCUCAAUCACAGAUUGCUAGCCACAGCAGCUUCCAGAUCAAGAUAGGCGACCUCGUUGCCAAGACAUGCACGACGCCUAUCCCCGGUACUCCAAGAAAAAAAAGCAAGCUUAGGUUUUUGGUGAUUGAAGCGAGUUCGUUAUCCCGUUUCGACGGGAAGACGAACUUGUACAUCUGAUGUGAUUGGACAAUCCGUGCUAUCGAGGAAGAAGCAAGCUCGGAUGGGAUGUGGGAGAUAGCUAAGAGUCUUGGAAAUACGAAGAGGGGAAGAGAUGAGAUUCGGGGUCUGCAUGUAACCUCCCGCUUCGGAUGCAGCCGAGACGAGGUGGUGGUGGCGGUGGUGAUAUCGAUAUGGAACAUGACGUGCCGGCAUCGCUUCUAGUUACAUACCUGCAAACGGGUUAGAAUUGGAGGAUUGAGGUUAUAAGAGGAGUAUCCGCCCUUUUUGUUUACAGUUUCAGGAGUGGUUCCGGUCUACGGUUCUUCAUUUCACGCUACAAUACGUGGGGAUAUCACCGCCAUCAUGGAACUUACGAUACUUACUAUGCUGGCUUUCGCAGCUCUCGGCAGCGCGACGCCACUUACACUCAUAUCUCCCAACCCGGCAGCUGUGCUCCUACGCCCUAGAGCUGGUGCACCGUCCAUAUUAUCCUGCGAGGCAUCUAGCUGGCCACCCAACUUAAUCGGCGUCUCCAAUGAACCGCAACCACCGUCCGUAGAUCUUACAUCUAUACUCGCUGAAGUCGACCCAGCCAACAUCGAGGCCACGAUCCUGAAACUAGUAUCCUUUGGCACGCGACACACUCUGUCGACCCAGAAUUCUAGUACACGCGGAAUCGGCGCGGCACGGGACUGGAUCCACUCCGAAUUCCAGCGGUACGCGGACGCGAGCGAUGGCCGGCUAAGCGUCGAGACGGUGGGUUACGUGCAGGAAGCGGAUAAUAACCGGAUCCUGUUCCCGACACUGAUCAGUGACGUCGUUGCCACGCUCCACGGGACCGAGGAGAAUAGACUUUACGUCGUGAGUGGGCACUAUGACUCGCGGGUGUCCGAUGCGUUGAACUAUGAAGACGAUGCUCCUGGGGCUGAUGAUGAUGCUUCAGGAGUGGCAGUUUCCCUUGAGUUGGCGAGGGUCUUUUCGCAAACGAAGUACCCGAGGCCGAAGGCGAGCAUUGCGUUCGUGGCGGUCGCGGGUGAGGAACAGGGGCUGUAUGGAGCGCAGUUUCUUGCGCAGAAGUAUGCUAAUGCUACACCGAGAGUUAAUGUCGAAGGCAUGUUCACAAACGACAUCGUCGGCUCUCCCAAAGGCGGCGCAGACGGAGAACGCAACGACCCAUACGUGAUACGGCUGUUCGCGCAAGGCCUACCACCGAUCACAGUAGAAAACAGCACGACACGCGAAACACGUUUAACGAUCGGUGGUGAAAACGACACUCCCGCUCGCCAAUUAGCCCGAUUCGUCAAGGAGGUCGCGGAGAACGAGGCGACGGGGAUGAACGUGUCGGUCGUGUAUAGACUAGACCGGUACCUGCGAGGCGGCGACCACAGACCCUUCCUCGAGGCCGGGUACCCGGCAGCGCGGUUUACGGAGCCGCAUGAGAACUACGCGCACCAGCACCAGGACGUGCGUAUUGACGAGACCGGCAAACAAUACGGCGAUCUGCCCGAGUUCGUGGAUUAUGACUUUGUCGCGCGUGUGGCGAGAGUUAAUGGUGCAGCGCUGUGGAGUCUAGCGACGGGACCCGGUGCCCCUCGGAAUGUUAGGGUCGAUACGGCAGCUCUAACUACAAAUACGACGCUCUUUUGGGACCCGCCGAACCCGGGGUACGAAGACGGAUACGAGAUAGUGUGGAGACCGACGAGCGCGCCGUUUUGGACGGGGGUGUUGGAUGUUGGACCCGCUGUGCAGGCUGAGCUGUCGCUAAGUAAGGACGAUGUUGUGUUUGGUGUUAGGGCGAAGGGUAGCGAUGGGUUUAGGGGAGUUGCUGUGUUGCCUUUCCCUAGGUCAAGAUAAGGAGGGAGUUAGACGAUUCUCGAAGACGUUUUUCUGCCUGAAAAUUUAUGUACUCAGUCAAGCUACGCAAAUACAAUCGAACACGGAAUAUGAUUCUCGGGCAAUAGGCUUGAGGCGUCUGUUGUGGAACGAGAUGAUCGGAGUCCCGUUCGUACCUCCUUGUACUCAUAUUCGGAGAUAUCCCUCGCUCAAUCUGGAGAUGGCUCAGCAGCAUGGUCAUUCUUCCGUCAACGAAUCCAUAGUAACUACGUCUUUAUUUGAUGAAAGAAAACAUUCGGGAUGUUUUUGUUA